AGUAAAUUUCUUCAUUUCCAGAUCAAAGACCUUUUCCUCACGCCCGGGACGCACUCGGCAACAGCCCUGGGGAUGCCAGUCGUACACCAUCUCUGUGGGAGAGUACACGUAGUUGGAGAGACUGAGAUCCUUCACUCGUUCAGGCCGGCAAGCAGGCAAGCAGGCAGCCAGGAUGGGGUGGCAGGUUGUGACCGCAGUUGCGAUGGCACUCAUGGUGUCAUCCGUGACAUCUCAGAACCGCGGAAGUAGUGCUGCGGCGAAUGAAGGACUGGCGGGGAUUUGCGGGCCGAUCAGGGAGUGUCCUGUGCUGAGUAGCCUUCUGCAGGAUAUCAAGCAAGGGACGGCGCCCCCGGGAUCACUCGACAGACUGAGGAAUGCCAUCUGCUCGUUUCUGAACAACGAGCCGCUCGUGUGUUGUCCCUCCCAGAGCCUGGCCGUUACUGCUGCGCCCACAAGGUCUCCGGUCGUGCAGGCGACGCCCCCCAGCAGCGCCAACGUGCAGUGCGGGAACCGCGGAAUCGCCGACAAGAUCAUCGACGGCGAAGACGCCCCUCUCGGCGCCUGGCCCUGGAUGGUGGUUCUGCGCGGCUCAGUGAACGGACGUCGCUCGUGGUUCUGCGGCGGAGUGCUCGUGUCCGACCGCUACGUCCUCACCGCCGCUCACUGCUUCAAGGAGGGACUCGGUCUUGAGUUGGAAAUAGCUAGGAUCGGCGAGCACACACUCUCCUUCGACCCAGACUGCUCCAAAGGGCGCUGCGCUCCUUCGCCGCAGGAUAUCCCCGUGGAGAGGAUCAUCCGGCACCCGCAGUACGGCUCCCCGUGCACGGAAUGCAACGACAUCGCCCUCCUGCGGUUGAGUCGCCCGGCAGUAUUGCAUCCGCGCUUCGUGACGCCCGUGUGUCUCCCGAUCAACCCUGUCAAUGACAUGGGCUUCUCUGAGCAAGAGUUCCAGGGCAAAGCCGCCUGGGCCGCCGGCUGGGGAUCCACGGCGAGGGAUUUCACCGUCAGCCGCCGCCCUGACGUCCUCCAGCAGGUGCAGCUUCCCAUUCAGGAGCUGAACUACUGCGGCAGACUCCGGAGGGGCUACCCCGACCCCCGCAUGGCCCUCUGCGCCGGGGGGGAGGGGAGGGACACGUGCCGGGGAGACUCUGGCGGCCCCCUGACCCUCGACAACCAGUUCGGGACCAAGAGCUUCAUCGUCGGAAUCACCAGCCUGGGCCCAAGGAGCUGCGGGUCCACCAACACGCAGGGGCUCUACACCAACGUCCACUUCUACAUCCCGUGGAUUCUCAGGAAUAUUCAGCAGUAGGAGGAUGGAGUGUCUGGGAGGAGGAGGAGGAGGGUGGGGAG